GUUCACCCUAGGGGCAUAGUGGAAGACCUUCUGGUUAAGGUUGGCACAUUCUGUUAUCCUGUGGAUUUUGUUGUCUUGGACAUCAAUGAGGACACAGAAGACAGAAGUGCCCCUUAUACUGGGAAGGCCUUUCCUAGCCACCGCCAAGGCUCUCAUAGAUGUACGUGAUGGGACCUUAGUCUUGAGGGAUGGCGAGGAGCGAAUAACCUUUUCCAUUGCUAAUACUCUCCCUGCUUCAUCGCCUUUGCAUGCUGUUUCUCACCAGGAGCACGAGUCUGUCGUGUAUCCUUCUGUGCUUCCCAUUUUGCAGGAUCCCUCUCUCAUAUCUUCGUCGCCACUCCCAUCCACUCUGUUACCUAAAGACAAGAUUAAGGAGGAGUGGCAGCCGAAGCUGCAGGUAGCUAAACCUGCUCACAAGAAAACAGGAGACCACUACGAGCUGGUUCCGCCUCCUGAGCCUCGACCGCCUUGGCCAUCCGAGUAUUCACUCGCUUGCAUCCUGCCGGAUGGCCAGGCCAAGUUGACGAGUGCUGGUGGCCACAUUCGCCGUGUGCAUGGCCACCACCUGAAGCUGUAUCUCAAGAGCGAUGUGGAUCUGCUCUUGGAGGCACCUGUUCCUUCACCUCUAUGAGCAUCCACCCUACUGGCGUCCAGCUAAAAGACGGUAAAGAAGCGCUUGUGGGGAGCAACCUCACCUAGGUUUGCAUUUUCUUUCCUUUUUCCUUUUGAAUUUUUGAGUUUCUGAGUCUUGAGGUGUUGUCCAAGAGUCGAAUGUCGAUUUUGCGCGAAAAUAGGUCAAAUUCGGGGCUCUAGAAUUACACACGGCUAGGCCUAAAUCCUACACGGCCGUGUGGAAUUCGCUUCUGGCCGUGUGAAGGCCCUGGAAUUUUCACACGGGCAAGAGGGGUCCCGCACACGGCCGUGUAGAAUUGGUCUUCGGCCGUGUGAAGGCUCGGUGAUUUCCACACGGCCAGUAUUGCACCUCACACGGCCGUGUGAAAUUCCUCGGUCAGGCCUUGUAACUUUUCUCGGCCACACACAGGCGCUAUUGCACCUCACACGGCCGUGUGAGCGUGCCCGUGUGGCCGAGCCAGCGCCUAUAAAUUUGAACCACACGG